AUGGCCCGGCUGGCUGCGCCCCAGCGCUCGGGGCUCCUGGCCCGCAUCCUCGGAGGCACCUGGUGCCUGCUCUGCGUCGCCGGACAGGUAUGUGGAGACCAAAGCCAAGGGGCUGUUUUCCUAAGGGAAUUUACACUGAUUCGAAGAGAGAGUCUACAUGAAGAUUUCCUGUCUGACCUCUUGAAUAGUCACAAAACUGAAGACACGAGCUCCAGGACCGCACGCUCUGAGGAGGACCGCGAUGGCCUGUGGGACGCCUGGGGCCCGUGGAGCGAGUGCUCACGCACCUGCGGCGGAGGGGCCUCCUACUCGCUGAGACGCUGCCUCAGCAGCAAGAGCUGUGAGGGAAGAAAUAUCCGAUAUAGAACAUGCAGUAAUGUGGACUGUCCGCCAGAAGCAGGUGAUUUCCGAGCACAGCAGUGCUCAGCUCAUAAUGAUGUCAAAUACCAUGGCCAGUUUUAUGAAUGGCUUCCUGUGUCUAAUGACCCUGACAACCCAUGUUCCCUCAAGUGUCAAGCCAAAGGAACAGCCCUGGUUGUUGAACUUGCACCUAAAGUCUUAGAUGGGACUCGUUGCUACACAGAAUCUUUGGAUAUGUGCAUCAGUGGUUUGUGCCAAAUUGUUGGCUGCGAUCACCAGCUGGGAAGCACCAUCAAGGAGGAUAACUGCGGAGUCUGCAACGGAGAUGGGUCUACCUGCAGGCUGGUCCGUGGGCAGUAUAAAUCCCAGCUCACCGCAACCAAAUUGGACAACACAGUGGUUGGUAUUCCCUAUGGAAGCAGACAUAUUCGUCUUGUCUUAAAAGGACCUGAUCACCUGUAUCUGGAAACCAAAACUCUCCAGGGGGCUAAAGGUGAAAACAGUCUCAGCUCUACAGGCAUCUUUCUUGUGGACAAUUCUAGUGUGGACUUCCAGAAAUUUCCAGACAAAGAGAUACUGAGAAUGGCUGGACCACUUACAGCAGAUUUCAUUGUCAAGAUCCGCAGCUCGGGGCCCGAGAACAGUACAGUCCAGUUCAUCUUCUAUCAGCCUAUCAUCCACCGAUGGAGGGAGACGGACUUCUUUCCUUGCUCAGCAACCUGUGGAGGAGGUUACCAGCUAACAUCGGCUGAGUGUUACGAUCUUCGGAGCAACCGUGUGGUUGCUGACCAGUACUGUCACUAUUACCCCGAGAACAUCAAACCCAAGCCUAAGCUUCAGGAGUGCAACUUGGAUCCUUGUCCAGCCAGUGACGGAUACAAGCAGAUCAUGCCCUAUGACAUCUACCAUCCCCUUCCUCGGUGGGAGGCCACCCCAUGGACUGCGUGCUCCUCCUCAUGUGGGGGGGGCAUCCAGAGCCGGGCAGUUUCCUGUGUGGAGGAGGACAUCCAGGGGCAUGUCAGCUCAGCGGAAGAGUGGAAAUGCAUGUACACCCCUAAGAUGCCCACCGUGCAGCCCUGCAACAUUUUUGACUGCCCUAAAUGGCUGGCACAGGAGUGGUCUCCGUGUACAGUGACGUGUGGCCAGGGCCUCAGGUACCGUGUGGUCCUCUGCAUCGACCAUCGGGAAGUGCACACCGGAGGCUGUAGCCCCAAAACCAAGCCCCACAUAAAAGAGGAAUGCAUCAUACCCACUCCCUGCUAUAAACCCAAAGAAAAGCUUCCGGUUGAGGCCAAGCUGCCAUGGUACAAACAAGCCCAAGAAUUCGAAGAAGGAGCUGCUGUGUCAGAAGAGCCUUCGUUCAUCCCAGAGGCCUGGUCGGCCUGCACGGUCACCUGUGGUGUGGGGACCCAGGUGCGAAUAGUCAGGUGCCAGGUGCUCCUGUCUUUCUCUCAGUCCGUGGCCGACCUGCCCGUUGACGAAUGUGAAGGACCCAAGCCAGCGUCCCAGCGCCCCUGUUACGCAGGACCAUGCCACGGGGAGACUCCCGAACUUAACCUGGAAGAGACAGAUGGCCUCUUGGGUGGCCUGCAGGACUUUGACCAGCUCUACGACUGGGAGUAUGAGGGCUUCACCAAGUGCUCCGAGUCCUGUGGAGGAGGUGUCCAGGAGGCUGUGGUGAGCUGCCUGAACAAACAGACCCGGGAGCCCGUGGAUGAGAACCUGUGCGUGACCAGCCGGCGGCCCCCCCAGCUUCUGAAAUCCUGCAGUUUGGAUCCCUGCCCGGCAAGAUGGGAAAUUGGCAAGUGGAGUCCUUGCAGUCUCACCUGUGGGGUUGGGCUGCAGACCAGAGAUGUCUUCUGCUCCCACCUGCUUUCCAGAGAGAUAAAUGAAACAGUAAUCCUUGCUGAUGAGCUGUGUCACCAGCCCAAGCCCACCACGGUGCAAGCUUGUAACCGCUUCAACUGCCCCCCAGCCUGGUACCCUGCACAGUGGCAGCCGUGUUCCAGGACCUGCGCUGGGGGCAUCCAGAAACGCGAGGUUCUUUGCAAACAGCGCAUGGCUGAUGGGAGCUUCCUGGAGCUUCCCGAGACCUUCUGUUCCGCCCCCAAACUGGCCUCCCAGCAAGCCUGCAAGAAAGAUGACUGUCCCAGUGAGUGGCUGCUCUCCGACUGGACAGAGUGUUCCACGAGCUGCGGGGAGGGCACCCAGACACGAAGUGCCGUUUGCCGGAAGGUGCUGAAAACCGGUGUCUCAUCAAUUGUCAAUUCCUCCCUGUGCCCACCCCUGCCAUUCUCUUCAUCCAUCAGGCCCUGUAUGCUGGCCACCUGUGCAAGGCCCGGGCGGCCAUCCACAAAGCAUAGUCCUCACAUCGCUGCAGCAAGGAAGGUCUACAUCCAGACGCGCCGGCAGAGGAAGCUGCACUUCGUGGUGGGGGGCUUCGCCUACUUGCUCCCCAAAACCGCGGUGGUGCUGCGCUGUCCCACGCGGCGCUUCCGCAAGCCCCUCAUCACCUGGGAGAAGGACGGCCAGCACCUCAUCAGCUCUGCCCACGUCACUGUGGCCCCCUUUGGGUACCUAAAGAUCCACCGCCUCAAGCCCUCUGAUGCGGGAAUCUACACCUGCUCGGCCGGACCAGCCCGGGAGCAGUUUGUGAUUAAGCUCAUCGGAGGUAACCAGAAGUUGGUGGCCAGGCCCUUGAGCCUGAGGAUCGAUGAGGAGGCCCUCGCGGUGAGGAAAGCCAGCCCCAAGGAGGCCCUGCAGACGCACAAACACCAGAACGGCAUCUUCUCCAACGGCAGCAAGGCCGAGAAGCGGGGCCUCCCCGCCGACACCGGGGGCCGCUAUGACGACCUGGUCUCGCGGCUGCUGGAGCAGGGGGGCUGGCCAGGAGAGCUGCUGGCGUCGUGGGAGCUGCAGGACUCCACGGAAAGGAACGCGUCUUCAGAGGAGGACCAGAACGCCGAGCAGGCCCUUCUGCGUCUGCCCUUCACCAUGGUGACAGAGCAGCAGCGCUUGGACGACAUCCUCCGGAACCUCUCGCAGCAACCCCAGGAGCUCCGCGAUGUCUACAGCAAGCAUCUGGUGGCCCAGCUGGCCCAGGAGAUCUUCCGCAGCCACUUGGAGCAUCAGGACGCGCUCCUCAAGCCGUCAGAGCGGAGAGGCCCCCCGGUGGCCAUCCCUCCCCAUAAGCACGUGUCUGGCUUCAGCAGCUUCUCCCGGAUCUUGUCCACUGGGGAGGGCGGGGGCGGCUCCCGCCGGCCGCACCGCAAGCCUGUCAUCGUGCGCAAGAUCUCUGCUGCCCAGCAGCUCUCUGCCUCCGAGGUGGUCACCCACCUCGGGCAGACAGUGGCCCUGGCCAGCGGGACACUGAGCGUGCUUCUGCACUGUGAGGCCAUCGGCAACCCGAGGCCCACCAUCAGCUGGGCCAAAAAUGGAGAAGAGGUUCAGUUCAGCGACAGGAUUCUUCUGCAGCCAGAUGAUUCCUUACAGAUCCUGGCACCUGUGGAAGCUGAUGUGGGUUUCUACACUUGUAAUGCCUCAAAUGCCUUGGGAUAUGAUUCUGUCUCCAUUGCCAUCACAUUAGCAGGAAAGCCACUAGUGAAAACAUCCCGAGAGAUGGUGAUCAACACGGAGGAGCCUGCAAUCACAGUUGAUGUAGGAAGCACCGUCAGAACAGUGCAAGGUGUGAAUGUGACUAUUAAAUGCCAAGCUGCAGGUGUGCCUGAAGCUGAAGUCACAUGGUUCAGAAAUAAAAGCAAACUGGGCUCCCCUCCCCCUCUGCACGAGGGCUCCUUGGUGCUUACAGCUGUGUCCUCCUUGGAUCAAGGCCUGUACUCCUGCAGGGCCGCCAAUCUACACGGGGAGCUGACUGAGAGCACUGAGCUCCUGAUUCUAGAGCCCCCCCACGUCCCCACACAGUUGGACGACAUCAGGGCCCUGCUCUCAGCCACUGGACUGAACCUUCCUUCGGUGCUGACGUCUCCACUGGGAACACAGCUGGUCCUGGAUCCUGGGAAUUCUGCUCUCCUUGGCUGCCCUGUCAAAGGCGACCCUACUCCCAAUAUUACCUGGUUCCACGGUGACCAGCCAGUGGCCAAUGUCACAGGACUGAUGUAUCAUAUCUUGGCAGCUGGACAGAUUCUCCAGGUUGCAAAUCUUAGUGGUGGAUCUCACGGGGACUUCAGCUGCCUUGCUCAGAAUGAGGCAGGAAUGCUCAUGCAGAAGGCCUUUUUAGUGAUCCAAGAUUACUGGUGGUCUGUGGACAGACCGGUGACCUGCUCAGCCUCCUGUGGCAACAGGGGGGUUCAGCAGCCCCGCCUGCGGUGUCUCCUGAACAACACGGAGGUGGACCCCACUCACUGCGCGGGGAAGGUGCGCCCUGCUGUGCAGCCUAUCCCCUGCAACCGGAGAGACUGCCCUUCCCGGUGGAUGGUGACCUCCUGGUCUGCCUGUACCCGGAGCUGUGGGGGAGGCGUCCAGACCCGCCGGGUGACCUGCCAGAAGCUGAAAGCCUCAGGGAUCUCCACUCCUGUGCCCAGUGAUGUGUGCACGCAGCUUGCCAAGCGGCCAGUCGACACCCAGGCCUGUAACCAGCAGUUGUGUGUGGAGUGGGCCUUCUCCAGCUGGAGCCAGUGCAAUGGGCCUUGCAUCGGGCCUCGCCUUUCUGUGCAGCACAGACAAGUCUUCUGCCAGACGCUGGAUGGCAUCACCUUACCAUCAGAGCAGUGCAGCGCCCUUCCGAGGCCUGUGAGCACCCAGAACUGCUGGUCAGAAGCCUGCAACGUAUACUGGAGGGUCAGCCUAUGGACUCUCUGCACGGCGACCUGCGGCAACUACGGUUUCCAGUCCCGGCGCGUGGAGUGCGUGCACGCCCGCACCAACAAGGCAGUGCCCGACCACCUGUGCUCCUGGGGACCUCGGCCAGCCAACUGGCAGCGCUGCAACAUCACCCCCUGCGAAAACACGGAAUGCAGAGACACCACCAGGUACUGCGAGAAGGUGAAACAGCUGAAACUCUGCCAACUCAACCAGUUCAAAUCUCGCUGCUGUGGAACCUGUGCCAAAGCAUGA